AUGAAUACCUCGGAAAUAUGUUCUCAUGUUUGUUUGCUAUUCUCUAGAGAAUUUCAAAAGAAAAACAAUCAAAUAGCUUUGAAAAUAUUUUUAACAGCUAUGGGAGAUAAGUGCCGUUCAUCAACCCUCAAUUUACCAUUGUGCAUUUGUUCUCAUCGUGGAAACAGAGGGUUAGAAAUUGAAAUGAAAAACUCGACAAAAUCUGAAUAA